AUGCCCUCUCAUUUGCAUAGAACUGCUCUGCAUUACGCGUGUGCCUAUGGCCACAGGGAAGUGGUCCAUCUGUUACUCGACUACGAAUGCACCAUCAGUGUCUUCGAUAACGAGCAGUGCACUCCACUUAUUAAGGCCAGCCAGCGGGAGUUUCAUUUGUGUGUCGAUACCCUGCUUACACAUGGAGCUGAUCCGAACGACGCAGACAUGUACGGGAACACCGCGCUGCAUUACGCAGCUCUGAAUGAUGACUUAGAACUGGCAGAUCUACUGCUUGCCUACGAUGCAAAUAUCGAGGCAAAAACAAAGGAAGGCUUCACGCCAUACCUCCUUGCUCUACAGGAAAACAAAGAUUUUAUAGCAGAAUUUUUGGAACACAUGGGCGCAGAUAUACAUGCGGAGGAGCUGCUGGAUAGGAAACACCGUAAAAUGCACCGCAGGAGGAUGUGUAAGCAUACAGUGCGACAUCGAGAAGCAGCUCGCAGUACUUCUCCGAGCUUCUAUCGCAGGGCGACCAACAGAGGUGCUCGUGAUUCUGAAACUGAAAGAGACGAGCAAGACAAUGACUUCAAUGCCCAGGUUGAACGAGUGAGGAAGAAAUGCUUACUUAAGGAACUGACAGGCUCAGAGAAGUUACAUCGUAGAGCCGCAGCUACUGUUUCUGCUGCUGCCGACCCUGCUGCCCCUGGUUCUGGUAGCGCAGCUCCUGCCUCCUCUGCCGCUGCUGCUGAUGGCACUGAUCCUCCUGUUCCUGCUACUCCUGCCCCUCCUGCUUCUCCUGCCCCAACUUCUACUCCUGCCACUACUAUCCCUGAUGUUGACCCAUUCGAUUCUCCUGCUCCUUCUGCUUGUGAUACUCUGGAUGGUUCUGAUGCUCCGGAUGCACCUCAUAUUCCUGAUGGUACCGAUACUCUGCAUGGUCCUGAUUCUCCAGAUGGUCCUGAUUCUCUGGAUGUUCCCAAUCCUCUGCAUGAUCCUGAUACUCCCACUGACCUUUCUGCUCCUGCUGAUCAUGCUCCCCUUUCUUCUCCUAUAUAUCUGCACCUGCUCUUCCUCCUCGUCUUGCUUGUCUUCUUCCACCUGCCCCUGCCAUUCCUCAUGCCCCUGUUGUUCCUGCUGCUCCUAGUGAUGCUUUGUCCUUACCGUCCUCAUGCUCCCCUUGCCUCAUCUGCACCGGACACUGCUGAUGGUCCGGACACUUAUGAUGGUCCAGAUACUCCUGAUGGUGCAGACACUCCUGAUGAUCCAAACACUACUGAUGGUCCGAAUAUCACUGAUGGUAAUGAUAGUCCCAAUGGUCCAGACAAUUCUGAUCGUCCAGCUAAUGCUGACGGUCCAGACACUCCAGAUGGUCCGUACAUUCCUGAUGGCUUGGACACUUCUGAUGGCCCAGUAUUUCCCGAUGGUUCAAAAUAUCCUGAUGUUCCAGACACAGCUAAUGGUCCAUAUACUUCUGAUGCUCCAGAUAGUACCAAUGUUUCAGAAUAUCCUGAUGGUCUGGUCACUCAUCAUGGUCCAGUAACUUCCAAUGCUUCAGAUAACCCUGACCUUCCGGUCACUCCUGAUGGUCUGGACGCUUGUGAUUGUCCAGAUACUAUUAAUGAUUCAGACAAUACUCAUGGUCUGGUCACUCCUGCUGGUCCAGACACUCCUGAUGAUCUACACACUCCUGGUGGACAGGAUAGUCCUGAUAGUUCAGAUGAUCCCGAUGGUCCUAACACCUGUGAUGUUCCAGUUACUCAUGAUGGUCCGGAUAACCAUGAUGAUCCGGACACUUUGGAUGGUCCAGAUAAUACCGUUGUAUUAGAUAAUCCUGUUGGUCCAGACACUCCUGAUGUUUCGGACACUUCUGAUGGUCUGGAUAAGCCUGAUGGUCCAGAUAAUCCCGAUGGUCCAGACACUCGCGAUGGUCCAGACACUCCUCACAGUAUGGACACUUGUGAUGAUCCUGAUACUUCUGCUGUUCCCGAUACUUCUGAGACUUCCACUACUUCUGUUGGUUUUGAAAUUUCUAAUGGUUCCAGUACAUCUGAGAAUCCCCGUGUUUCUGAUGGUCCCGAUGCUCAGGAUGGUCCUGAUUCACCUGCACCUCCUGCUGCCCUUCUUGAUCCUGCUAUUACUGUGGAUGCUGAUGUUCCUGCCCCUCGUUCUGUUCCUGCCGAUGGUCCCGCAUCUCCUAAGGCUGCUGACUAUGAUGAUGAAGAACAUGCUCUAAAAGCUGUGAAAGACGUUCCAACUAAGGAGAAAAAUGAUAAAAAUGAAAGUGCUUGUCCUUUGGAGAAAGGAAACAAACAUGAAAUUACAAAAAGUCCAUUGAAAGAAUUGGUGAGAAUACCAACACCUAAGACAUCUAGUGCAGAAAUGGACACACCGAAGGGAGUGAGCGGUCAUCUCGUGUCAGAUUCCACCAUCAGAAUGGAACGUAAUAAUCAAGCAUUUUCAUACAAAUGCCUAAUGAAUGGAGCCCCCUGCCCUCUGGCAGAAGAAAAGAAAAGUGAAAAUAGCAAAUUCACUACAAGCGAAUCCGUGUCUGCAUCAACCAGCGCGGGGUCUCCUUUUGAAAUGGGGACUGUGCCCGAACCGCAAGUUGACGGUAGUCACGUGUCCGGUGAUCUACACCGAACUGGGAGAAGAAAUGAAAGAGCCUAUCCUUUGGAGAAAGGAAAUAAAAGUGCACUUACAAAAAGUCAAUGGAGAGAAUUGGUGAGAAUACCAACACGUGAGACAUCCGCUUCAGAAAUGGACUCUCCUUACGGUCCUGACACUUCUGGUGUCCCAGAUACUCUUGAUGGUCCGGACACCCACGAUGGUCUGGACACAUGUGAUGGUCCAGAAACUACCACUCCUUCAGAUCAUCCUGAUGGUCCUGACACCCCUGAUUGUACAGACAUUUCUGAUGGUCCACAUAAUCCUGAUGGUCCAGAUAUUCCUGAUGGUGCGGACACUCCUGAUGGUCUGGAUAUUCCUGUUGGUUCAGAUAAUCCACAUGAUCCGGACACUCCCGAUGGUCCAGACACUCCUUACAGUCUGGGCACUUCUGAUGAUCCAGAUCCCUCUGAUGUUCCUGAUGCUUCUGAGGGGCCCAGUACUCCUGUUGGUCCCAUAACUUCUGAUGGUUGCAGUACUUCUGAGAAUCCCCGAGUUUCUCAUGGUCCCAAUACUCAGGAUGGUCCUGAAUCUCCUGCUCCUCUUGCUGCCCUUCUGGAUCCUGCUAUUUCUGAGGAAGCUGAUGUUCCUGCCCCUCUUUCUGUUCCUGCCGAUGGUCCCGCAUCUCCUAAUGCUGCUGACUAUGAUGAUGAAGAACAUGCUCUACAAGUUGUUAAAGUCGUUCCCACUAAGGAGAAAAAUGAUAAAAAUGAAAGUGCCUGUCCUUUGGAGAAAGUAAACAAACGUGAAAUUACAAAACGUCCAUUUAACGAAUUGGUGAGAACAUCAACACCUAAGACAUCUACUGCAAAAAUGGACACAUUGGUGGAAGUGAAUGGUCGUCGCGUGUCAGGUGAAGUGCAGCACACAGGGAGCAGGCUUAAUGAUGGAGAGUCCACUGUCAGAUUGGAACGUAAUGAUCAAGCAUUUUCAUAUAAAUGCCUAAGAAAUGAAAGAGCCUAUCCUUUGGAGAAAGAAAAUAAAAGUGCAAUUACAAAAAGUCAAUUGAGAGAAUUGGUGAGAAUACCAACACGUGAGACAUCCACUUCAGAAAUGGACUCUCCUUACGGUCCUGACUCUUCUGGUGGUCCAGAUCCUCUUGAGGGUCUGGACACCCAUGAUGGUCUGGACACUUGUGAUGGUCCAGAUACGACCACUGUUUCAGAUAAUGCUGAUAGUCCGGACAGCCCUGAUGGUACAGACACUUCUGAUGGUCCACAUAAUCCUGAUGGUCCAGACAUUCCUGAUGGUCCAGACACUCCUGAUGGUGCGGAUAUUCCUGUUGGUUCAGAUAAUCCUCAUGAUCCGGACACUCCCGAUGGUCCAGACACUCCUUACAGUCUGGGCACUUCUGAUGAUCCUGAUCCCUCUGAUGUUCCUGAUACUUCUGAGGGGCCCAGUACUCCUGUUGGUCCCAUAACUUCUGAUGGUUGCAGUACUUCUGAGAGUCCCCGUGUUUCUCAUGGUCCCAAUGCUCAGGAUGGUCCUGAAUCUCCUGCUCCUCUUGCUGCCCUUCUGGAUCGUGCUAUUUCUGAGGAAGCUGAGGUUCCUGCCCCUCUUUCUGUUCCUGCUGAUGGUCCCCCAUCUCCUAAUGCUGCUGACUAUGAUGAUGAAGAACAUGCUCUACAAGUUGCUAAAGUCGUUCCCGCUAAGGAGAAAAAUGAUAAAAAUGAAAGUGCCUGUCCUUUGGAGAAAGUAAACAAACGUGAAAUUACAAAAAGUCCAUUGAACGAAUUGGUGAGAACAUCAACACCUAAGACAUCUACUGCAGAAAUGGACACUUUGAUGGAAGUGAACGUUCAUCGCGUGUCAGAGUCAACUGUCAGAUUGGAACGUAAUGAUCAAGCAUUUUCAUACAAAUGCCUCAGAAAUGAAAGAGCCUAUCCUUUGGAGAAAGGAAAUAAAAGUGCAAUUACAAAACGUCAAUUGAGAGAAUUGGUGAGAAUACCAACACGUGAGACAUCCACUUCAGAAAUGGACUCUCCUUACACUCCUGACUCUUCUGGUGGUACAGAUCCUCUUGAUGGUCUGGACACGCAUGAUGGUCUGGACACUUGUGAUGGUCCAGAUACGACCACUGUUUCAGAUAAUCUUGAUGGUCCUGACAGCCCUGAUGGUACAGACACUUCUGAUGGUCCACAUAAUGCUGAUGGUCCAGACAUUCCUGAUGGACCAGACACUACUGAUGGUGCGGAUAUUCCUGUUGGUUCAGAUAAUCCUCAUGAUCCGGACACUCCAGAUGGUCCAGACACUCCUUACAGUCUGGGCACUUCUGAUGAUCCUGAUCCCUCUGAUGUUCCUGAUACUUCUGAGGGGCCCAGUACUCCUGUUGGUCCCAUAACUUCUGAUGGUUGCAGUACUUCUGAGAGUCCCCGAGUUUCUCAUGGUCCCAAUGCUCAGGAUGGUCCUGAAUCUCCUGCUCCUCUUGCUGCCCUUCUGGAUCCUGCUAUUUCUGCGGAAGCUGAUGUUCCUGCCCCUCUUUCUGUUCCUGCCGAUGGCCCCGCAUCUCCUAAUGCUGCUGACUAUGAUGAUGAAGAACAUGCUCUACAAGUUGCUAAAGUCGUUCACACUAAGGAGAAAAAUGAUAAAAAUGAAAGUGCCUGUCCUUUGGAGAAAGUAAACAAACGUGAAAUUACAAAAAGUCCAUUGAAAAAAUUGGUGAGGCCAUCAACACCUAAGACAUCUACUGCAGAAAUGGACAAAUUGAUGGAAGUGAACGGUCAUCCCUUGUCAGAGUCCACUAUCAGAUUGGAACGUAAUGAUCAUGCAUUUCCUUACAAAUAUCUAAGAAAGAAAAGAGCCUAUCCAUUGGGAAAAGGAAAUAAAAGUGCAAUUACAAAAAGUCAAUUGAGAGAAUUGGUGAGCAUACCAACACCUGAGACAUCCACUGCAGGAAUGGACUCAAUGAUGGAAAUCAACAGUCUUUCCGCAUCAGAUUCCACCGUCGGAAUGGAAAACAAGUAUAAAGUAGUUCCAUACAAAAGGCUAAAGGAAGUCAAUAAUAGUGAAAAUGAUAUAACUGUAAUAGGAAAUGAAGAAAUGGAAAAACAUAAAGGUUUCUUGCACUUAAAUUGGAAACUAGGAACAGCACAUAAGAAACACAUUAAAAGGAGUGAGCCCCCCUGCCCUCUGGCAGAAGAAAAGAAAAGUGAAAACAGUAAGUUCACUACAAGGGAAUCCGUGUCUGCAUCAACCAGUGAAAGGUCUCCUGUUGAAACGGACACUGCGCAGCAAGCGCAAGUUGACGGCAGUCACGUGCCUGGUGACCUACACCACACCGGGAGAAGAAAGGAAAGAGCCUAUCCAUUGGGAAAAGGAAAUAAAAGUGCAAUUACAAAAAGUCAAUUGAGAGAAUUGGUGAGCAUACCAACACCUGAGACAUCCACUGCAGGAAUGGACUCAAUGAUGGAAAUCAACAGUCUUUCCGCAUCAGAUUCCACCGUCGGAAUGGAAAACAAGUAUAAAGUAGUUCCAUACAAACGGCUAAAGGAAGUCAAUAAUAGUGAAAAUGAUAUAACUGUAAUAGGAAAUGAAGAAAUGGAAAAACAUAAAGGUUUCUUGCACUUAAAUUGGAAACUAGGAACAGCACAUAAGAAACACAUUAAAAGGAGUGAGCCCCCCUGCCCUCUGGCAGAAGAAAAGAAAAGUGAAAACAGUAAGUUCACUACAAGGGAAUCCGUGUCUGCAUCAACCAGUGAAAGGUCUCCUGUUGAAACGGACACUGCGCAGCAAGCGCAAGUUGACGGCAGUCACGUGCCUGGUGACCUACACCACACCGGGAGAAGGGCUGCCGAGAAUACAUCUACCGAACUCCACAAGGUGGGCGAGAGAGUUGAUAGAAGGAGCAGACGAUUUCACUCAUUCAGCAUAAACAACUUCAGACGCCUUAUCUUCUUCAGGUCCUACGAGGUCCUCUGAAGUCUUUGGUGUUCAAUUGAGAACUCAAGUCGUAAUCCUCCUCCACGUUUAAGAAGAACAAAAUACAUCUUUGCAUUUUGCAGAAACACUUACUAAGAUUAAACAUAGUGAUCUUUUAUGAUUACUUUAAUUACA